GGUGCGCACCUGCCCCGCCUCCUCCAGGCGGGCCGCGGGGCAUGCAGCCGGUCGGGGGCGGGGCUCCGAGGCCGGGACCCGGCCACCGGCUCUCCGGCAGCCUCCGCCAGCUGGACCCCGCCGCUCUCCUGAUGCUGCUCCUGGACGCCGACCGGCCGGAGCCCGUGCGCAGCGGGGCGCGCGAGCUCGCGCUCUUCCUGACCCCCGAGCCCGCCGCAGAGGCGAAGGAGGUGGAGGAGACCAUCGAGGGGAUGCUCCUCAGGCUGGAAGAGUUUUGCAGCCUGACCGACAUGAUCAGGAGCGACACUUCACAGAUCUUGGAGGAAAACAUCCCACUCCUUAAGGCCAAAGUGACAGAAAUGCGUGGCAUCUAUGCCAAAGUGGACCAGCUAGAGGCCUUCGUCAAGAUGGUUGGGCACCACGUCUCCUUCCUGGAGGCCCACGUGCUUCAGGCCGAGCGGGACCACGGGGCCUUCUCACAGGCUCUGCGGAGGUGGCUGGGCUCCUCGGGGCUGCCCUCCUUCAGGAAUAAGUCGUCCACGCCGGCACCCCUGCCCUUCGAGCUGCCCGCGCUGUACCGGACGGAGGACUACUUCCCCGGGGACGCAGGGGACGCGCCCAGGACCCCCAGUCGCCGCCGCCACAGGCGCGUGUGAGCUCUGCCGUCGGGUCGUCGGAAAGCAACAGUGCGUGCGUGCGGCGGCUCGGGUUUUCUGGUCUUCUCGCUGUGCAUUUGUGUUUUUCAGUUUCCUCUCUCGCUUCAUGUGAAAUGGCGGGGUUCGGAGAAGCAUCUGGAGCCCCCACGCGUGCCACGCUGAGCCAGCCGGCGGUUCCCACCUGGGUCGGGCCUGCCUGGUGUCCUGGGACGGGGCGCGUGGGUCUCGGGAGCUUCGGGCCUCCGGGACCGGGGACUCGAUCUCCCUGUCGGUCUGUGCCCUGCUUUGCGUGGGCAUCAUGGGGGAUGGGGGGCGCUCCUUCACCAGGGUGCGUGGCUCCAGGUCUGUCUGUGGUGGGUAGUUUGGCUGCCAAGCCCCGUGCCCACGGGCCUGUGAAUCAUCUCAAUAAAGGUGUCAAGAGCUCA